GCGACAAAUUAAAUAAAUAAAAUAAAUAAAUAAAAAUAAAUUGUGGUUAAGUCACUGUCGUGGUUGCAUGGACUGAUUUCAGACAUGUAACAGAUCAGAUCAUGUAAAGAAAUUAAAGCCUAGUAUUCUUUGUUUAUGUCAAUGUCCUGAAACAGUUUCUGAUAUAAUUCUGAUAAAGCUUGAAUAUGAUUUCAAAUAUUUUUGAUGAGUUGUGCUAGGGAUCAUUAAUUUUAUCCCGAACACUAUAUGUUGGGGGGAUUUCUGUGGAAGUUUAUGGCCGAAGAGGAAAAGAGACAUUUUUGGUUGAUAUCUGGAUGUUGAAUGUACUGUAAUCUUUAAUAUCUUGAUAUUCUAUUUCAGGGUCAAUGGAUUAGCGUGAUAUUUUCCAUGAACUAAAACAGUUCCAUGUCUUGUUUGGACUGUUCCUGUAUUCUACGGACUCGAGUUGAAUCCAUUAGAGUAGAAAAGCAAUCGGAAAGCAUCAGUAGUCAAGACUUGACAGAUGAACUUGCUGUAUGUUGGGGCCAAUCAACUCAAAGAGGAGAUGUACAGAUACCAUUGUCAUCUGAUGUAUCACACUAUGAUCUCCAGGUGGAGAUAGGAAAAGGAUGUAACAACUUAACUUCAAUCUACCUCGCCCGUCAUAUCCCGACAGGAACACUGGUGGCUGUAAGAAUUACAGAUCUGGAAAGAUGUUCUGAAGAACUCUUAAACACUUUACAAAAUGAGGUGAUAUUAUCCCACUUUUUCCGACAUCGGAAUAUCUUGACUUUUUGGACAGUGUUUACUGCUGGAAGAUGGCUUUGGGUUAUUUCUCCUUUCAUGGCUUACCAUUCAGCCAGUUGUCUCUUGAGGACGUACUUCCCUGAAGGCAUGAGUGAAGCUUUGAUAGGAAAUAUCCUCUUUGGUGCAGUUAGUGGAUUGAACUAUAUGCAUCAACAUGGCUAUAUUCACAGAAGUAUUAAAGCUAGCCACAUAUUGAUUUCAGGGGAUGGCCUAGUUUAUUUGUCGGGCUUAAAUCACCUCUAUAGUUUAGUCAGCAGUGGACAACAGUUAAAAGCUGUGUAUGAUUUCCCCCAGUUCAGUACAUCUAUGCUUCCUUGGCUGAGUCCUGAACUACUAAGGCAGGAUAUGCAUGGAUAUAAUGUGAAAUCUGACAUCUAUAGUGUGGGCAUUACAGCUUGUGAACUAGCUAAUGGGCAUGUACCUUUUCAGGAUAUGCCUCGCACACAGACCAUCAGCAAGAGGCCUUCUGUCACAUGCUUUUUUCAAGCAGGUGAAAGAAGAAACAAAGGGUUCAUUACUUUCACUCUUGCCUCCUGCCAUCCAACGUAGUCAGCCACAAAUACCAACGGUGCAUUCAGCUGCCACCUGGAAUAAAUCUGAAUGUUGGUUGCCAAAUGAGAAAAAGAUAUAUUGGGAAUUUUAGGAAUACUAAGACCAUACGGGUGGUCCUCAAUUUACAACCAUUCAUUCAAAGUUGACCAUUCAAAGUUACAACUGAACUGAAAAAAGUGACCAGUU